AUGCCCUCCACAGCCUACACCCUGGCGUGGCCUGGGGCCGGGGGCAAGUCCAGCCCUUGUCGCAGCAGACACAGCCCCGUUUCUCUGCCCAGCAGGGGGGUGGCUGACCCAGGGGUGUGCAUGGUCUCCGGGACCCGAGGGAGCCUGGCCCUCGGAAGUGACCCGUCACAGGCUUGUUUGUCACAGAUCUGCUUCCUGAUCAGGACUGUCAGCCUCUGUGUCCACUGCUGUCCCCGGGGCUCGGAGCCAAAGCUGCUGGGGAGCAAACGAUGCGAGAGCCGCCCCCCCAACCCCCCGGCCCUGGGUCUCCUCCUCCCUGAGCCUCCUUCGGUCUGCACACGAACUGUUGGCUGUGUGCGGGCAGCACCCCAGCAGAGGGCAGGCGGGGCCAAGGGCCAGAACUACACUGGAUCCGCCAAGAGCUGGUUUUCUGGAGAGGGGGCCCUACCCGACCGCCCGCCCGGCCGCCUGGUUCGAGGUCGCUGCACCUGCCGCCUGGCGCCUUCCCUCCGGCUCAGCUGGGGCGCCUUCCCCGCAGCACCCCCGGCCGCGCCCCCGACCGCCACCGACCUCGGCCCGCGGCCGCCUGUGAGCCUCGACCCGCGCGUCUCCAUCUACAGCGCGCGCCGCCCGCUCCUCGCGCGCACCCACAUCCAAGGCCGCGUCUACAACUUCCUGGAGCGCCCCACCGGCUGGAAGUGCUUCGUGUACCACUUCGCCGUCUUCCUCAUCGUUCUUGUGUGCCUCAUCUUCAGCGUGCUGUCCACCAUCGAGCAGUAUGUCGCCCUGGCCACAGGGACCCUCUUCUGGAUGGAGAUCGUGCUGGUGGUGUUCUUCGGCACGGAGUACGUGGUCCGCCUCUGGUCGGCCGGCUGCCGCAGCAAGUACGUGGGCAUCUGGGGGAGGCUGCGCUUCGCCCGGAAGCCCAUCUCCAUCAUUGACCUCAUCGUGGUCCUGGCCUCCAUGGUCGUCCUCUGCGUGGGCUCCAAAGGGCAGGUCUUUGCCACCUCGGCCAUCAGGGGCAUCCGCUUCCUCCAGAUCCUGAGGAUGCUGCAUGUCGAUCGCCAGGGGGGCACCUGGAGGCUGCUGGGCUCCGUGGUCUUCAUCCACCGGCAGGAGCUCAUCACCACCUUGUACAUCGGCUUCCUGGGCCUCAUCUUCUCCUCCUACUUCGUGUACCUGGCUGAGAAGGACGCCGUGAACGACUCAGGCCAAGUGGAGUUCGGCAGCUAUGCGGACGCCCUGUGGUGGGGGGUGGUCACGGUCACCACCAUCGGCUACGGGGAUAAGGUGCCCCAGACGUGGGUUGGGAAGACCAUCGCCUCCUGCUUCUCCGUGUUUGCCAUCUCCUUCUUCGCGCUCCCAGCGGGGAUCCUUGGCUCCGGCUUCGCCCUGAAGGUCCAGCAGAAGCAGCGGCAGAAGCACUUCAACAGGCAGAUUCCGGCGGCGGCCUCUCUCAUUCAGACGGCGUGGAGGUGUUAUGCGGCCGAGAACCCCAAGUCUUCCACCUGGAACAUCUAUGUCCGGAAACCUGCCCGGAGCCACGUCCUGGCGUCCCCGAGCCCCAAGCCUAGGAAGUCCGUCAUGGUAAAGAAGAAAAAGUUCAAGCUGGACAAGGACGGCGGGGCGAGUCCCGGAGAGAAGACGCUCACGGUCCCGCAGAUCACAUGCGAGCCCGCCACCGAGGAGCGGAGGCCGGACCAGCUCUCCGUGGACGCCUGUGACAGCCCUGGCAAGAAGAGCCCCAUGCUGCUGGAAGUGAGCACGGCCCACUUCGUGAGAACCAACAGCUUUGCUGAGGACCUGGACCUGGAGGGGGAGACGCUGCUGGUCCCCAUCACCCACGUGUCACAGCUGCGGGAGCACCAUCGGGCCACCAUCAAGGUCAUCCGCCGUAUGCAGUACUUCGUGGCCAAGAAGAAAUUCCAGCAAGCGCGGAAGCCGUACGACGUGCGAGACGUCAUCGAGCAGUACUCCCAGGGUCACCUCAACCUCAUGGUGCGCAUCAAGGAGCUGCAGAGGAGGCUGGACCAGUCCAUCGGGAAGCCCUCCCUCUUCAUCUCGGUCUCAGAGAAGACGAAGGACCGUGGCAGUAACACGAUCGGAGCCCGCCUCAACCGGAUGGAGGACAAGGUGACGCAGCUGGACCAGAGGCUGGCGCUCAUCACGGACAUGCUUCAGCAGCUGCUGGCUCUACACCACGGCGGCCCCCCAGGUGGCCGCCCCCCCAGCGGGGGUGGGGCUCAGGUGGUCCAGCCCGUCAGCCCCCAGCUCUUCCUGCCCGGCAACGCCCUGCCCACCUACGAGCAGCUGACUGUGCCCCGCAGGGGCCCCGAGGAGGCAUCCUGAUGGGGGCUUGGGGCCCCAGGCCUUUGAGGGAAGGCCCAGAGGAGCCCCAUCCAGCCUGGCCCACCUCUCACCCAACAGGGGCACCCCUGGGUCACUGGCUCCUCCACCAAGGCCCAAGUGAGCAGCCCCGCCCUCGCAGGCCCCAGACCCCCCAUGGCCAUGCUGUCCUGACAGCCUGCUCUAUGGAGCCACUGAGGCCGCCUCCCCCAGCCAGCGGGUACUUGAACUUGGCUGGGUUUGGGGGCCCGUCUGGGCUCUGAGACUGUACCAUGGACCCCACAUCACUCGUAGGGAGGUUGGGAGACAGUGGCCGGGCUCAGGCUGGACCCCCUGGGUCUGGGCAUCCUAGGCACUUGGUCCAUCCCACAUAGGGCCAUGAAACAGGUCAGGGGCAUGUGUGCAGGUCCGCCCUGGCAGGCCCUGGGGGCUUCCUGAGAGGAGAAAAGGACAGUCUGGACAGGGUCUGUGGGUACCACACCCCCAGGCUUGAACCAGGACCCCUGCAGAGGGCAGGCGGGGCAGGGCAGGCCCAGCCCAGGCCAGCCGGAGGAUGCCCAGGAUGGAGGCCCCGGGCCUGGGCCCUGCUCCGCACUCUGCAGAGAGACUGGCUCCAAGGGGGAGAGGACCCCCAGGCCAUAGCUUCCGGCAGGAGGAGCCAGCCCCCGCGGUCCCCGAGUGCUCCCCUGGGGGUGGAGCAUCCCCCCUUUGGACCAGCUGCUUCUCCCAGCCACCCCGUGUGCGCCCCCGCCUCAGCGCCCCCGCAGGUCCGGUCAGCUAGCCAGAGGCACAGACCGGUCACCCCCCUGGCCGGCUGCCGGGCGUGGGGGAGCGCGAGGGCGUCACAGUCCCCGCCCAGGACGGGGGCUCCUCCUGAACAUCACGUCUCACAGUAAUCAGAAUAACUUAAGGUGAUUCAGAAUCGGUGUUUUAAUGGGUUUCACAGUAUGAUUUUGACUCUUAAUUGUGACGCUUUUCCUAAUAAACGUGGAGUCACGGA